GAAUCUCAUAACCUUCAUGACCUCGAAACGCCAUCCGACAAUCAUUUCACAUUGAGGUAAAAGUAACACGAAAAAGAAAGAAAAAACGAGAAAAGUGGUUUUGAUGGCUGUCAGACUUUUAUUACACAUUUGUACAAUUCAUAUCUAUAUUCCCCUUUCACCCCCACCGUCACUGUAAACUAUUCUAAAAUCCAGCUGAAAAGGGGUGUGAAAGAAGGGCACGUCCUCGUCGCUUACUUCAUAAGCCAUGACACCUUCAUUUGCGCAUCGGUUUCAGUCGCAGAUGUUGGUCGUUUUCUUAGCUUCAUCGUGUCUUUUCGUUUCCAUUUCCAACGCGUUGGAAAACGUUGAGUUGGGAAAAGAUCUGAGUGUAACUCUUGAACUCAUCAAACAUCAACCAUGCAAAAGUGGUAAAUGGACAAAGAAGUUAGAAUUCGAGUCUGGAAAUGAUAGGAGAGGCCCGAAACUUGAACCACAAGCCGAUAAGCCAAACUGUUUUACUAUCGGAGGCCAAGUAGAAGUUCUAGAGGACUUUGGCGGAGAUUUCUCCAUUUAUCUUGAGCUGAAGAACACUGCCAAAAAAAAUACUGUCCCAGAGAAAUGUGUUCGACAACCUGAAAACGGAUGUGGAGGAUUUGGGUCUUGCCUGUACUGCAAUGCAUGUGAAACAUUCGGUGACAAAUUAGGAGUUCGAGCACAGCUGCUCCUCGAUGGUCAACCAAUCAGCUGCGCUGACGGAUUGAAAAAAGGCAGCUAUGACAACUUGAAGCUUGCUUUCUGUCUUCCAGACAUUGAUGAUGUCAUCAGCUCACAAGGGCUUAGUAAGGAGUCAUUCUUGCAGCUGAUUCAGGGUGAUGACGGAAACUCUGUUCGUGCUAUGGGGAUCUUUGCUACAGUCUACGUGUUUGACUCUGACGUCAGCAAACAAAUGGCGACUCAAAUCAAAAUCGAGGGUGUAUACCGUAGAACCAAGUACAGUUUUUUCAAGGACACUCAACUUCCGGCUGAAGUCUACUGGUCUCUUCCAUUCAAUCAAAUUAUCAAAAACCAACAAAGCUACGUGGCAUGCCAUAAGAUUUACGGAAACUUGAAAGUUAACCGUAAAUAAUUUGUGAUUUUCUAACCUAAUUUUGCUUGUCUGUAAAUAAAUUUAUUAUUUUUUG